AUGGCAGAAAUGUGGAAGUUGAUUGCUUUGCAGAUAAUUUUUCCUGUAACAUGUAUCAUUGUUUUCUAUGUCUUGUUCAAUUUGAGAAGAAGAGCAAAAGGAGAUGAUGGUGUUCCAGGAAACAUGGGUCUUCCCAUAGUUGGUGAAACCUUUUUCUUGUUUGCAUCCUUCAAAAAUCCAAAAGGAGUUCAAAGCUUCACAGAGAGCCGUGCCAAGAGGUUGGGUGGUUCCUGCUUGGAUCCUUUCAUUCAGUAUGGUAGAACCUUUCUGACAAAUAUUCUUGGGAAAAACUGGGUGUUUACAUCCACCAGAGAUGCAGCAAAGUUUGUUUUAUCAUCAGAGAAGAACUUGUUCCGCUUUGCAAGCAGCAAAGCUGCUGAAGAGAUGCUAGGGAGUAACAAUGUGUCUUAUGUAGCACCAGAUCUUCAUAAGAAAUUGAGAAGGUUGGUGGGAGAGCCAAUUUCAGGAGCUAACUUGAAGAAGAAUUUUGAGAGAAUUGAAGUGAUCUGUCUUGAUAUUCUAAAUGGAUGGUCAGGGAAAACUGUCUCCGCCAUGGAUGGCACUUCAAUUUUUGCGUUCGAGGUCAUAGGCCACAUAAUUGCAAGCAUGGAAAGAGGACCAGAAUUAUCUGAGUUGCACAAAAAUUUCCUUGAUAUUCUGGAUGCAACAACCAGCUUUGCCAUUAAAGUGCCAGGAACAAGUUAUUACAGAGGAUGCAAGGUACUUUGA